AUGCAGAGUCAGCUGCAGACCCCGACGGUGACAUCUUUGUCCGGCGAAUGUGCAAAAGCAGAGAAAAUCCUCAGAUCAUUCUUGUAUCCUAAGCAAAAGAAGUCGCAGGAUGAGGAUACAGAACACGGCAUCCCACGCGCAAUCCUAUCACGCGCAAAGGGAUUGGCUAUAUUCACCGCGACAAAAGCAGGAAUUGUAGGAUCAUUUCGUUUCGGAUCUGGUCUUAUCGUUGUCCGUCUUGAAGACGGCAGCUGGUCCGCCCCGUCAGCAAUGUCAACGGGUGGGAUUGGAUUGGGCACACAGCUAGGCUUCGAAAAGACAGACUUUAUUUUCGUGCUGAAUAGUGAGAAGGCAAUCAAAACCUUCACAAAAUCGGGAUCAAUCACGCUAGGCAAGAAUCUUUCUGUCGCACUAGGGCCAUACGGACGAAGUGCGGAAUUCAGCGGUGUGCUUAGCUCAAAGGGAAUGGCUGGUAUGUUUGCCUACUCAAAGUCACGAGGUAUUUUCGGUGGCAAGUCAUUUGAGGGUGGAAUCAUCGGGGAGCGACCGGAGACGAACAAGAAGAUGUAUGGUAUAACCAUAUCGGCAAGUGAGCUUUUGAGUGGGAAAGUUGAACCACCACCGGAGGCUGGGCCAUUGAUGGAGAUAUUGAAGUCGGAGAAAUUUCGGAUUCCUGAUGAGCAAAUGGAUGUCUCACCGAUGGCAUCAACAGAGCAGCUUACCCGCGAUAAUCACCAGGAUGAUUCCAAGACUCGUCAAGAGGAGCUUGCCGAGGAUGGUCAUCAACAAGCUGGACCUCCUGUUGAGUUAUGUGCUGAGCCAAAGACUCAAUUUAUUUCCGAAUUACCCGCCGACACACCCGCCGACAUGUGCUUUGAGCUACCGGCUGAUAUGCCCGGUGAUUCUUCUAAGAAAAUCGGAGAGAACCCAGCCGAGGAGCCUACUACAGUCAAUGAAUUAGAUGCGGGACCUUUCAAUGAAGUUUUCGAACUCCCUGCUGGGGUCCCGUUCUUCCUCGACGGGCAACAAGCCGAUGAUGACAUACCAAGCCCCGUCGAACGAGAUUCUCUCCAACCGCUUCCUCUGAGGAUACAAAAGCGAGGCACCAAGUCCUGA